GGCAAUUGAAAACAAUGAUGGCGGCCGAUUGUUAAGUGAUGGAAGUGUAACGUUAACGGCAUGAGUUUUAUUAACAAUUCUGUAGUUAAAGUUGUACUAAAUACAUUUUUAACAUUACUAGUGAACAUAUGACCAAUUAGUGUAAUAAUUAUAACUAUCAGAAACCAUGGCGCGAGAGUUUGACCACCUUUUCAAACUGCUGAUUAUCGGUGACAGUGGUGUGGGUAAAAGCUGUCUUCUCCUGCGUUUCGCCGACAACACAUUCUCCGGUAGUUACAUUACUACGAUAGGAGUCGAUUUCAAAAUAAGAACUUUAGAAAUAAACGGUGAACGAGUGAAGCUACAGAUAUGGGAUACAGCAGGGCAGGAGAGGUUCAGAACGAUAACCAGUACGUACUACAGAGGUACGCACGGCGUCAUCGUGGUGUACGAUGUCACGAAUGGAGAGUCCUUCGCCAAUGUCAAGAGAUGGCUGCACGAGAUCGAACAGAAUUGUGAUGUUGUUAAUAAAGUCUUAGUUGGUAACAAGAAUGAUUGUCCGUCAAGAAAAGUAGUAGUGACAGAGGAUGCGCAGAGGUUCGCCAAUCAGAUGAACAUACCGUUAUUCGAGACAAGUGCAAAGGAGAACAUUAAUGUAGAGGAAAUGUUUCUCACUAUCACUAAAAUGGUACUAAAAUCGAAGCUCGACAUGAAGGAGAGGCAAAAUGUUACAAAAGACACGGUACAUCUAAAGAAUAAUAUCAAAACCAAAAAGAAAUGUUGCUAGUGGUAUAUGCACCUCACUGUGCCACGGACAAUGUUCUCGAUGCUCAAAUAUGGAGAGAUUAGUUGAACGACCUAGCAGGUUGUCUGCAACACCCGUUGUUUUCAUUUUAUGAAGGUGAAGCUUUAUAGUUUGAUUUUAGGAUUAUAAAGGGACACUGCAGGCAAUGGGUCACAGAUCUUUUCACCGUAAAAUUAGACCUGAAACAAAGAAUAGUUCUUGUCAAACUCAAACUGAUAACAAUGUGUAAUUAACAAUUUGAUAAAAUUUUAAAAUGAGGCUUUAUAUACAAUAAUAUUGUCUGUGGUAUUAAAAAAUAUCUGUUGUCUGUGGUCCCCUUCCAUUUGAAAUUAUGCACUUAGAUUGUUAGGUGGUGCUAAUUUAAUAUUGAUAUUAAUACAAUGAGACAGGUGUGUUUAUUUAGGUUACAGCAAUAGUUCUGUGAAAAUUGCAUUUGUAUGAGUACAUAUCUUAUAAUACAUGAUUGUACAUUACUAAUAAGUGCUUGCCCAAGGACAGAACGAAACCAAUUACAAUAACUCAAUUAGAAACCGACCAAUAUGUACCUAGUUCAUACAAAACUUGCUAGGUUAAACUAUCUCAAGAGCAUGUACAUACUAUGGAUUUAUUUACUCCAAAAAUUAUUAGAAUAUAACGAAUGCCUAGUUAAUGUAUGAGUGUAAUCUAAUUAUCAAAAUUUAUGUGAUGGUUCGACGAAUGUUUAGUCUAAGGAAGUAUACCAUUAAAUGUUAUUUUUUAUUAAAUGAUAAUCAUUGAAUAGUGGGUCGUUUCGCUUUGACGGCUCGCAUCACGCAUUAAAGAAGCUAAAGGUAACAUGAGAAACGUCUAGAAAAUUCGAUUGGUGAAGAUAUUUGAAAUUACUGUUUUGUUGUAGUUUUGUAGCUAGCUCUAUAUGAAUGCGUGGUUCCGAUUAUAUGGCCAACGUAUGGCGUGUGUAAACUUUAGCUACAUUAGACCAAAUAGCCAAUGUUGGUCGCCAAAGUUUGUGCAUUGACGCCGAAUGGCACGAGACCACCUAUGUAGAUAAUGAGAAUUCAUGAAAGAAUAUUUGUGGCUACAAAUUACUGAAGUCAAAGUCAAGGAAAUUAUGAAAUUGGUCUAAAACAUGUUUUAAAAGUAUUAGUUCUUAUGAAAAAUUACCGGCAACUUGAAACCGCGUUUUCGAUACACCGAUAUUACCCGUAAAAGUUGAAUCCAGUGUAUUUUCAGUGAGAUAUUUAUAUUUUUUUAAUUAUUUUAAUAUUGGCAUAGUGUUUACAGUAUUCUGUAUGAAAUUGUAAUUCCAAAUUAAUUUAUUUUUUAACUCUUAGGAGAUAUUAUUUACAAUGAAAAGUAGUAGUUUCUGCGUAUCUUUUAAAUUGAAGUAAAUAAGUAAUUUGAGAUGCGAAAUUACUGUCAGAAAACGUGAAAAAUUAAGUAGCAUAUUGAAUUUGCAUUUUGAAAUUCCAUUUUUAAUUUUGUACAAUUUAAAUGUUGAAUUGAUUGCAUUUGGCUAACAGCACGGUUAAAGUAAGUUAUCCCUAAACUAUCUAUACAUAUCAGAAUGUGAGAUAUAACAACCAGGGAAUGGAGCGGUGUAAGUAACAAGUAUGUUUAAAAUAGUACACAAAUAAAGUGACAAUAGUUAGAGCCUAAACAGGAACAAUUUUUAAAGUCCAUUUUCUAUUUUGUAUGGAGAAAAAAAUGGCAUUCUAUGUUCAAAAUAGUCCGUUGGGUAAAGAUGCAGACAUAUUACCGCGCUAUUUCAGUCGAUAAUAUGACUGCACCUUUACCUAUAUAGUUCUGUUGUAUUUGCGAUAAAGGUUUAAAGUAAGGAGUAUUUUUGCAGGCGUUACCUAGUUUAUGGAUAGCUUUCAGUCUAAUUGCAAUUUGUUUACAUAAUUAUCUUCCCUUUUAUUGCAAGUCACAUCAUCUUUCAAUGCAAAAAUCAUCAUAAAUUGUAACUAAUUUAUUACUUUCAAAAAACAUCACUAUAAAUUGUGUCAUUGAUUUGUGCAUGGAAAAUAUCGCAAUAACUAUCUUGUAAUGUGUUUGUCGUCUUAUAUGGAGUUUCGAAUUAGACAAUAUUAUAAAACCAUUUAAUUUUAAAUGUACCGCUUACUAAAAAUGCGUCGGAUUGUGUCUGUAUUGUCUUCCCUCAUAAAACCCCGUCUAAUAAUUAUCUUGUCCUCACCUCGAGCCGUUUUCGACACAUUUUUAUAAGCCUGUGUAUCUCAAAAUAUAGUUUUAGCUUUGGACUGAACUUUAUUUUACAGCAGUAUAUAAUAUCUUAUGGCAUUUUUUACUUUAAGAUUUUACAGUAUGAAACCCCUAUAGUUUGUGAGCUAAUUUUACUAUACUUACUUGUAUAAUUUGAGCAAAAGUGGCUUAUACUACAUUUGAGUUCUUGUUAGAAUGAGGCAACAUUACAUAAAUCUCGAAUAAUGUAAACGUUAAUUAUUGUGUCGGUUAGGCUACUUUUGCUGUGGCAGUUUGCCAAAAGACUUGCUCGAUUUUGACGUUACGAUCAACGCUACAAAGUAAAUCUUAAUUCCAACCAAAAUCUAACAAGUCUGGAAGCAUCUUUAUACUGGACUUGGAAAUCUUUUAUCACAGAGUGCAAAACCAAAAGUAAAAUUGUUUAGCUGACAAUCAUUCCGUACAUGACGUUUGUACAAUAAUUUAUGACGGUUUAAUUAAUUAUGCGUGAACUGUAACGCGUCAUUACUCAUUUAUUAUUUAUGGAAAGUAUUGUUCAUGAGUCAUCAUUUUGGUUUAAUACAUAGUUGUAAAUAUAUCCCCUAUUUUCAUCAUAA